AUGGAAAAGACAGUCUCUCUGCCAGCUAAAGUGGUGCAGCUGAUUAUUACUCUGAUAAGAGAUGCUCCGCUGCUACAGAAACCACGCAGUCCAUUCGGGAAUCGCGCAACAAAGCCCGCAAAACUCGCCCCGUACGCGGUCGUCUCUCGACAAUGGCAGGCAAUCGUGGAGCGCCUGAUCUGGCAGCAUAUCACCGUCAGCGGAAAAGGCUCGCUGGAUCAGCUGAAGGUAUUCACCUCCGGUGGUGACUCUUGGCGGCGCGCACGAGCGGGUUAUAUUCGACGCAUUCUCUGGUCGCCCGAGAUCACUAAUAGGCGGGACCUUCUUCUGCAUGCAGAGAAGACUCAGGGGCUUCUUCCCUAUUGGUAUCUUCGGCGAUGUCGGAGCUCUAUCCUUGAGCUGUUUGAGUUACUGGAUGCAUGGAAAGAUCGUCGGGCCAGUAGUAUUGAAUUGUCGCUUUGGUUGAGUAAUAGCGAUUACCUCGAUGUUGGCGAUAACGAUGGGGAUAUCAAGCAGGAGGAAUGGAAGUCUCUAAGUAUCAGCCGGCUGUGGCAAAAGGGCCAAGUCCCUAAUUUGUUGCAUCUGGCUGAAGAUGACAUGCAGAAUAUACCCGCUUCGCCGUAUAUUACAUGCUUUAGGCUGCACGAGGCUAGAGACAGCACUGUUCGACCGUCAGCUUUUUUUCGCCUUCUUAGCUGCUUUCCUUACGUUAAGCAUGUUUCUGGUGGAGAGGGCCGAUUUGUCCCACGAGGAGCGUUACAGGCUUUGGCAGACCAGCGGCAAGAGGUUAUCGACCAUCUAUCUUUGGUUCCUGGAUCAGUAGAAAUAUUCACGUAUUCAGUCUCAGCCCAGCGUGAAAUAUCACUUAAUCCCGCUUGCUAUGCAGCCAACUAUCUUUCUUUGCACGGACUAGACGACUUUUCCAUUGCCUUUCGGACCUUUAGCACGAGACUUCGGGAGCUGCAUCUCGAAGGCGUCCGAAUCAGCAGUGCGCUGUUUUGGCCUGUCGCAGAAGAGGAGGUUAACAACGUGAAGUCUAUAUAUUGGCCAAACCUGGAGGUUCUUACAGUCCUAGAGGCCCCUCCGUACACAGCAGAUGGAAAGUGGAUCCUUGACUACAACCCCAACAAAGACUGGGAGGGAGAUCUGGAUAAGGAUUCUUUCGAGCCCUGGCAUUAUGACAGGGAAUACUAUGCUCUGCGGGGACUUAUCAAGAGCCAUGACGUCGACCGGCUCUACGAGUCAAUGGGCCUUGCGGUGCGGAGAAUGCUACGACUGCGGAAACUAAGAUUCUCGUUCCGGGGAGAAAUUGGAGAGAGGGGCAGUCAUGAGUACCUGGAGUUUAGGAGAGAUUUAACAACAGGCAAGGCUGCAUUGAAGAUCAGCACUGAGUGGGAAUAUCGGAUGGCGGAGAAGGUUCUGUCUACCUGGGGAUUAAAAGGGGAGAAGGCGAAGGAGUUUCGGGAGAGGUGGUCGGUUUUGCUUGAUUAA